UUUCUUCCCCCCAUAUAUAUUCGCUGCCGCAUCAAAAUCAGAAGCAUGGCGGCUGCGUUCGGUCUGUAUUUUGGAAAUACCAACCUCUGCCUGGCAAUUCAUAAGGAUGACAAGACCGAGGUAGUUGCUAAUGAUUCUGGGGACAGAGUUACUCCAGCCGUGGUAGCUUUUUCCAAUGGAGAAAAGUCUGUAGGUUUGGCAGCGAAGAGCGAAAUCCUUCGCAACCCUACUGGGACCAUAUGCCAGAUCAAGUCUGUCCUCGGUGCUUCGGAAGAUGAUGUGAAACGAUUAGCAGAACAGAGCGCAUGCAAGAUGGUCUGUGAGGGCAGGCGUGUUCGAUUCGAAGUGUCCUCUGGAGAAAAUGGCCGGCAAGUGCAUUAUUCUGAAGAUCUACUGCGUUACCUUUUCCAGAAAAUGUUUGAGGUUGCCAGCAGCCGAAGCGACAGCAACGAGGCGUUUCCAGUUGUGGUUGCAGUCCCGCCAUCGUUCACAGAGGAACAGCACAAAAUGGUUAGGUUAAUAGCAACUAAAGUGGGGUUCAAAGUUCAUCGACUUAUAAAUGAACCCACGGCUGCCGUUCUGGCUUACCAUGUGGGAUCGAAGCCUUCCACUACACCCUGCCGCUACUUAGUCUACAGAAUGGGAGGGUCGACAACGGACGCUACACUAGUAACAGUUCUCGGUGGUGCAUACACUCUUGAUGCUCACGUGAGAAGAUCGGACCUUGGGGGAAAAUUGAUCACAAAAGAAUUAGCCGAGCAUUGUGCUACGGAGUUUCAGAGGCAAAUGCGAGCGGACAUGCGGGAAAGCCGACGGGGCAUGGCCAAACUGUUGUCUGCGGCAGAGACAGCAAAACACGUUCUCUCCACCUUAGAAACAGCUCAGUGCUUCGCAGAGUCUGUGUACGAAGGACUCGACCUCAGCGUGAAUGUUAGCAGAGCAAGGUUUGAAUCCCUGUUGGGGCCCAUCAUAUCCCGCUGUAAAGAACCACUGCAGGAAAUACUUACAAAUGCUUCGUUAACACCAAAGGACAUCCAUAAGGUUGUGCUGUGUGGUGGUUCCUGCAAAGUACAGAAGCUGAGGAGAGCAUUGGCUGCAUACUUUCCAGAGGCAGAUAUCUUAGAUUCCAAGUCACCCGACGAGGUUGUUGCGCUCGGCGCAGCUGCUCAGGCAGCUCUCUUGUGUGACCGAGACAACCAGCAGGACAUUCCUGUCAGUCGUAGUGCACCUUGCCUCUCUAAAGGAAUCUACAUCAAGCCAUCCACCAAUGGCUCUCUAACCUUGGUUAUUCCACCUGGAACCGCCGUUCCAACGAGAUGGCAGUGUACAGUACGACCCAGCGAGAAACAGAGCUCAGUCUGCCUACAGGUGUAUGAAAAGGGGGAUCACUCUGGAGGAGACGACAGCGCAACGCUUCUCGCAAAAGUUGUAAUGAAAGAGAUCGAAGAGAAUGCGCCACUGGUUGCCACCAUUAGUGUACGGAGUGAUGGCUCCGUACAUAUAUCCUGCUCAGACAAGCAGAAAGGACACACAGAGUCAGUCACGCUGGAGCCCUUGACCGAAGAAAGUCCCGUUAGCUGACCUCAAGCAACUCGGUAACCCUAGAAGCGCAACAGUUGAUUUUAUGCCUUGCUUUUCAAACUUGAGUUAUUAAAAAAAUUACAAUAUUCA